CAGGGCUGCUGCACAGGAGACCUGGCGGCUGUGGACUCCCCAGCUUGGAGCAGCCCCUCUUUGAGCUCGAAAGGCGGAGCAGCAGCCCCAUGAAGGUGCCCAGCCAUGCAAUGUUCCUGGAAGGCCGUCCUCCUCCUCGCCCUGGCCUCCAUCGCCAUCCAGUACACGGCCAUCCGCACCUUCACCGCCAAGUCCUUACACACCUGCCCGGGGCUGGCCGAGGCGGGACUGGCCGAGCGGCUGUGCGAAGAGGGCCCCACCUUCACCUAUAACCUCUCCCGCAAGACCCACAUCCUCAUCCUGGCCACCACGCGCAGCGGCUCCUCCUUCGUGGGCCAGCUCUUCAACCAGCACCUGGACGUCUUCUACCUGUUCGAGCCCCUCUACCACGUGCAGAACACGCUCAUCCCCCGCUUCACCCAGGGCCGGAGCCCCGCGGACCGGCGGGUCAUGCUGGGCGCCAGCCGGGACCUCCUGCGGAGCCUCUACGACUGUGACCUCCACUUCCUGGAGAACUACAUCAAGCCGCCGCCCGUCAACCACACCACCGACCGGGUCUUCCGCCGCGGGGCCAGCCGGGUGCUGUGCUCCCGCCCCGUGUGCGACCCGCCGCCGGGCUCCGCGGACCUGGUGCUGGAGGAAGGCGACUGCGUGCGCAAGUGCGGCCUGCUGAACCUGACCGUGGCCGCCGAGGCCUGCCGGGAGCGCAGCCACGUGGCCAUCAAGACCGUGCGGGUGCCCGAGGUGAACGACCUGCGGGCCCUGGUUGAAGACCCCCGGCUAAACCUCAAGGUCAUCCAGCUGGUCCGAGACCCGCGGGGCAUCCUGGCUUCCCGCAGCGAGACCUUCCGGGACACCUACCGGCUCUGGCGGCUCUGGUACGGCACCGGCAGGAAACCCUACAACCUGGAUGUGACCCAGCUGACCACGGUGUGCGAGGACUUCUCCAACUCCGUGUCCACCGGCCUCACGCGGCCCUCGUGGCUCAAAGGCAAGUACAUGCUGGUGCGCUACGAGGACCUGGCCAGGAACCCCAUGAAGAAGACGGAGGAGAUCUACGGGUUCCUGGGCAUCCCCCUGGACAGCCACGUGGCCCGCUGGAUCCAGAACAACACGCAGGGCGACCCCGCCCUGGGCAAGCACAAGUACGGCACGGUGCGCAACUCGGCGGCCACGGCCGAGAAGUGGCGCUUCCGCCUCUCCUAUGACAUUGUGGCCUUUGCCCAGAACGCCUGCCAGCGGGUGCUGGCGCAGCUGGGCUACCGGAUGGCCACCUCGGAGGAGGAGCUCAAGAACCCCUCCAUCAGCCUGGUGGAGGAGCGGGACUUCCGCCCUUUCUCGUGA